CGGGAGCGCGCCCCCGCCGGCCGCGCCCCCUCCCCGCCUCGCGCGCCGCCGAAGUUCUGCGGAGUUGGCGGGGCCAGUGCUUCCCGACCCCGCGCCGAGCGCUCCCUUCCGCGUUCCGCCGCCGGCCCCACCUGACGCCGGGCCCCUGGGGGCCCCGUGCCAUGGCCCGAGCGUCCUGGGCGCGGCGCUGACGGCGGCCGGCGGAGCGCGCCAUGCCCAGCAGGACUGGCCCCAAGAUGGACGGGAGCUGCGGCCGCGUCCGGCUGAAGGCGCACUACAACGGGGACAUCCUGAUCACCAACGUGGACGCGGCCACCACCUUCGAGGAGCUCUGCGAGGAAGUCAGAGAGAUGUGCAGCCUCCACCAGGGGCAGCCGCUCACCCUCAAGUGGGUGGACAGUGAAGGUGACCCCUGCACUGUGUCAUCCCAGAUGGAGCUGGAGGAGGCCUUCCGCCUAUCCUGUCAGCGCAGGGACGAAGGGCUCAUCCUUCAUGUUUUCCCGAGCAUCCCUGAGCAGCCCGGCAUGCCUUGCCCAGGAGAAGACAAAUCCAUCUACCGCCGCGGAGCCAGAAGAUGGAGGAAGCUGUACCGCGCCAACGGCCAUCUCUUCCAAGCCAAGCGCUUUAACAGGAGAGCGUACUGUGGCCAGUGCAGCGAAAGGAUAUGGGGUCUCGCGCGGCAUGGUUACAAGUGCAUCAACUGCAAACUGCUGGUCCAUAAACGCUGCCACGUCCUCGUCCCGCUGACCUGCAACAGGCAUAUGGAUUCUGUCAUGCCUGCCCAAGAGCCUGCAGGAGGUGACAAGGACGGUGAUGUGGACCUUCCUUCUGAGGACACUGAUGGAAUUGCUUAUAUCUCUUCCACCCGGAAACGUGACAGCAUCAAAGAUGAUUCUGAGGACCUCAAGCCGGUCAUCGACGGGAUGGACGGGAUCAAGAUCUCUCAGGGCUUGGGGCUGCAGGACUUCGACCUGAUCCGGGUCAUCGGGCGUGGCAGCUACGCCAAGGUCCUGCUGGUACGGCUCAAGAAGAACGACCAGGUGUACGCCAUGAAGGUGGUGAAGAAGGAGCUGGUGCACGACGACGAGGAUAUCGACUGGGUACAGACAGAGAAGCAUGUGUUUGAGCAGGCGUCCAGCAACCCUUUCCUGGUCGGCCUACACUCCUGCUUCCAGACGACUAGUAGGUUGUUCCUGGUCAUAGAGUACGUCAACGGUGGGGACCUCAUGUUCCACAUGCAGAGACAGAGGAAGCUUCCAGAAGAGCACGCCAGGUUCUACGCGGCCGAGAUCUGCAUCGCUCUCAACUUCCUGCACGACAGAGGGAUCAUAUACAGGGACCUGAAGCUGGACAACGUCCUCCUGGACGCCGACGGCCACAUCAAGCUCACGGACUACGGCAUGUGCAAGGAAGGCCUGGGCCCCGGGGACACGACAAGCACUUUCUGCGGAACCCCAAAUUACAUCGCCCCUGAAAUCCUGCGGGGAGAGGAGUACGGAUUCAGCGUGGACUGGUGGGCGCUGGGCGUCCUGAUGUUUGAGAUGAUGGCUGGGCGCUCACCCUUCGACAUCGUCACCGACAACCCCGACAUGAACACUGAGGAUUACCUGUUCCAAGUUAUCCUGGAGAAGCCCAUCCGGAUCCCCCGAUUCCUCUCCGUCAAAGCCUCCCACGUCUUGAAAGGAUUUUUAAACAAGGACCCCAAAGAGAGGCUGGGCUGCCGGCCACAGACCGGAUUUUCCGACAUCAAGUCUCACGCCUUCUUCCGCAGCAUAGACUGGGACCUGCUGGAGAAGAAGCAGGCGCUGCCCCCGUUCCAGCCGCAGAUCACCGACGACUAUGGGCUGGACAACUUCGACACGCAGUUCACGAGCGAGCCUGUGCAGCUGACCCCCGACGACGAGGACGUCAUCAAGAGGAUCGACCAGUCCGAGUUCGAAGGUUUCGAGUACAUCAACCCCUUACUGCUGUCCACCGAGGAGUCCGUGUGAGGCGUCCGCUCCACCGUGGACCUGUCUGACUGACCCCUAACUGUCCCAACCACAGCGCAUGCAUGCCAGCUGGGCGCCGCCACGGAGAGCGGGCCCGGGUGUCCAGGGCGCUCGGAGCAGGGCGGCCUCACGCUGGAG